AUGCCGCAAUACAAGGGAGGAGAUCAAGUCCGAUACAAGCCCGUUGGCGGGAAUCGAAUCGGACAUGCAAGCCCCGAUUCUAGGCCCCCCGAAAGUGUCGGUACCGUCAAGGGCGUUCUGAUGGAGCCUGGAAAUCAAGCCGGGCGUAAUAUGAGCGCGAGUGCGGAGCAGCCGCAAUACGAGGUGAGAGAUCUCGGACAAGAUUACCUGGAGCUCAAGUACGGUCCGUGGGCGUUAGCCCUACCUAAUUAUCUUAAAAUCGAGAAUGCCAACACCAGCAAGACGACAACCAUCUACGAAGCCAACAUCUUGGGUUCAGUGUAG